AUGGAAAUUCAUUUAAAUCGAGAUUCAAAAACAAAUUUAUAUUCAUCAUCAAAUCUCGAAAUAAUUCGUCAAUCAAACUGUCGAUAUAAUCAAAUAAAUGAUAAUUUAUCAAAUUGGAUAGAUACAUCAUUAUCUUCAUCAAUAUGUGAUGCAUCAUCUGCUAGUCAUGAACAAUCUUACAUAUUAUGUUCAAUACAUACAAUAAAUGCUCAUUUAGAUAAUAUUAAUAUUAUUCAACAUUCAUCAUCAUUUUAUUAUGAUCGAUAUGAUAGUUCAAUUCCAUCAAUUUUAUUAAAUAAUAUAUCGAUUAAAUCAAAUUAUUAG